AUGGAGACAAUUAGAUCUAAAGGAUCCUUUGAAUAUGCCUUAUUUGAAGUCUCGAAAUUGAGCGGCGAAGUCUACAGUCCGCCGUUCGCCACUUCAGAUGAUAUGUUUUGGCAAUUAAAAUUCGUUCCGUCUUACAAAGAGGACCCCGAUUAUUUUUCUUUGUUUCUUUGCGCUAUACCCAAUGGUGAGGAAGAACAUUUAACUACGUCAUGGUCACGAAGAAGUCAAGUGUCAGCUACGUUGUAUCUCCGAACUCCUUUGCUAUACCAAUCAGAUACAAUUGUAUCUUCUCCCUAUGUCAAAUCCUUUACUAUAGGGAUGGACAACUUUUGUUCGAAAUGGGCUGGUUAUGGGUUAAAUAGAUUUUAUAAAAAAAGUUUAUUACCAGACGAGUUUAUACUUGGCGUUGAUUUCGAUAAAACGAUAUUUCGACCAUUAGCACAAGCCGGACCACUUCCCGUAAUCCCGAUUCCUGAUAAUUUGAUCAAAGCGUGGACCUCACAAUUAAACAAAGUGGAAACUGCUGAUGUGCAAUUCAAUGUUCAGGGUCAAAUUAUUUAUGCCCAUAGUUCAAUUCUAUCAAAGCGAUCAGAAUAUUUUCAGAAAUUAUUCCAGCAAAAAUGGUCAGAGUAUCAAAAAAAGGCAUUGAAAUCGGAAGCAACGUUUGUGCCUGGAAAUAUCGCUUCUUCAGAAAGUAGUAAUUUUGGCGCAUUGUCCAAUAAAGAAUUGAUGGAUCAGAUCGGAAGCUUCAAUAGUAACAGCAGCAAUAUUGCAAGCACAUCAAGCACAUUUCUUACUACCAGCGGCACAUCAACAAACAAUAUCCCAUCUUCAUUAAAAUAUUACAUUGAAGUAACCGAUUUCCAUCACAUCACAUUUCUCGAAAUGCUUCAAUUCCUAUAUACCGACCGAGUAGUUUUCGAAAAACGAGAAACAUCUCACAAAACUGCACUUGCUCUAUUUAGCAUCGCCGACAAAUAUCUAAUCACCGAUUUACGACAACGUGCAAAAGCAAAAUUAUGCCGAGAUUUAAAUGAUGGCAAUGCAGCCGAAUUAUUGUUUGGAGUAGCAUGGAAAUGGCCUGACAUUAAAGAUCACGUGGUCAAAUACGUGGUUGAGAAUUUUGCGCGCGUUCGAAAGUCGGAAGGAUUCGAACGUAUUAACGCAAACCCGACUAAUUAUCCACGAUUGGGUGAAUUGAUGUUAGAGUUGUUGCCGUAUCUGGUGCCGGAGGAAAAGGCAAAGGAAUAA